CGCACAGGAGGGAGCAAGGAUCCAGAAGGAAGGAGCUGGGAACUCGGAGGGCACUUUGGAGUCGGGAUCUGACUGUAUACAUAACGGAUCAAUCAAAAAAUAAUAAUAGUAGUAGUAAUAAUAAUAAUAAUAAUAAUAAUGAUGCACCUGGAUUUUACUCCGCGACUCACGAGCUUCACGGCUUCUUUGUGGCCAUAAAAGCGCGUUUAGGAGACGCUCAUCAUGCGGAUUGGAGCGGUUUAGAUGUUUAGAGGUUUGAAUUCGGGGUGAAGCAGCUGAGUGUGCACAUUUCCCGGAGAGAAACGAGAGCGGACCGGAUUCUAGGCUAUAUAUAUGCGGUGUGUGCAGACGUUAAUAACGGCCUCACGAGCCGGAGCGGCCGCCAACUUCUCCGUGAACGGGAAGCAACUUUUGACAUGGCCAUUGUUCUGUUUUUGGCACUUUGGAGUCGGUGAUAUAUUACUUACAGGCCUGCGUUUUGAACAAAGACGUGGCAGGAAGAUGGAUUAAGAAACUUUUGUUUAAAUGAUUUUUUUGCAGGCUAUUGUUCGCGGUAAUUGUUCCGAGUCUGCGUUUCUUUUUUUUCUUCUUUCUGACACGAUGGCAACAAAAAGGAGUCUUGUAGGCUUAGUGUUAUUGUAAGAGAAGAUCAAACGUGUUGGGUAACGACUCUUAUUGAACAAAAAAAAAAACAAAAAGAAAGAAGAAAAACCAACAACAGACACGCUUUUUAUUUUUAUUUUUUAAAAUGCGCAUUUUCUUUUUGGGUAAUAUUAUUUCCCUAGAAUAAGUAAACACGCAGCAUUGAGACGUUAUGAUAUGUUGUUAGUGUACGGCUUGAGGAAAGCACCGGGAUUGAACCGCUCUCUUUGAUGGAGUUUUCCGCCGUCCAAAGGGCCUUGGAUGGGAUUUUUUCUCCGCAGCUGGAUGGCACACCAGUAGCGGAUCGCUACCGUUUAACCGGGACUCCGUUCAGCUUCCAGAUCGCGGGACGAUCCGGUCUGGACGCGAAGCUCGGAAAGGCACCUGGGGGCAGAAGCGCACCUCUUUGAGGACUGUGAUUCUUUUUUGUUGUUGUUUGCUUGUUUGUUUGAUUGGUUUCACCUAUCGGAAGUGUUAAACCCGACUCCCUGCCCUGCAAACGUGAUUGCAGGCAGGCAUGCAGCUGAACCGGCCCAGAAGCGCGCUGAUCGGCUUCAGCCCGCCGCCACCGUCACCUCCGGCGCCACCGUCCGACCCGAACUCGACCUUCUCCAGCCAGUUCAAGGCGAUGCGCUUUUCCUACCACCUCAGCCCGCAGCCCGGAUCCCGCAGAACCGGCCCGUCCGCGUCCAGUCCUCGGCUCCUGACUAAGAGUCUGUCUCUGGAGCCGGGCCCGUGUCCAGGAGCCCAUGAGGCCCCUCAGCGUCUCUGUUCGGACCCCGGGCCUCUGGGACUGCAGCACUGCAACGGCACAAGCGAGAACGAACCUCAAAACGCCCCACCUUUGCCCCCUAAAACACGGCCGCCAUUACCCGGUCCCAAACCGCUAGUGCCCCCGAAACCAGCACAUCUCCAACAACAGGGCGGUCGCCGACCCCGGCCCCCGGACAAACCCCUGCCCCCGCCUCCAUCCCGCCCACUCCCAGCAGACCCUCGCCAAUCACGGACAGGCCUGCCGCGGGCCGAGGGAAGCUCCUCCCCAACGUGUGUCCUGUCACUCAUCGAGAGAUUUGAGCGGGAGCAAAUCAUCAUGGUGCCCGAUAUCACAGGGGGAGUGAUGUGUAUGCCGAGGGUACCUGAUCCACAGCCUGCUACGGACGCUAUUUUACCCUGCGCUUCCCUCAACGAGCCCACAGAGCCUCCUUCUGUCAAGAAGGAGCUGGAGAAAGGAUCAGAGGAAGAGGAGGAAAAAGAGGAGGACGUCAAAGAGGAAGGGGAAGUGCAGGAGGACUUAGAGGAGGACGAUAACGAGCUGGGAGCCUCCUGCUCCGAAAAGCGACUCUCCACAGAGUCCGGCUACGGCGCCUCCGACAAACUCCUGGACGCGAUGGAGAUAAGAGACCUCGGCCACUCGGAAAUCCCUCCUGACCGCCUGUCCCUUCCUCCGCAGCAAACGGACACUAAACUAGCCAAUCGGGACAGUGGCAUUGACAGCAUCAGCUCUCCGUCUCACAGUGAGGAGCUGUGCUUCGCCGGAGAUGACCGAGAGGUGUGCAUGUCUCUUCCUCGCCUGUCCUCCUCUUCCUCGUGCGGUUGUGUGGAAGGACCAGCAGGAGAAGGCGUUGUCGCUGCCGUGGAGGAAGGUGCAAGGGACUCGGAGGGAGACAGCGAUUUGGAAGAAGGGAGCGGGGAUGAGAGCGAGAACGCCAUGGCCAUACAGCCUCAGCCCAAAGCAGAGAGACAAGACUCUGUUGAGCUAUCAGUGCAGCAGCGUGUGUUUAACAUCGCCAACGAGCUCCUCCACACGGAGAAGGCGUACGUGUCCAGGCUUCACCUCCUGGACCAGGUGUUCUGCGGGCGGCUGAUGGAGGAGGCACGAGCACGAGGCUCUUUCCCCUGCGAGGUGGUGAUGGGCAUCUUCUCCAACAUCUGCUCUAUCUACUGCUUCCAUCAACAGUUCCUGCUGCCAGCUCUGGAGAAACGCAUGGAGGAGUGGGAUGUGAACCCGCGGAUCGGGGACAUCCUCCAGAAACUGGCUCCUUUCCUGAAGAUGUACGGCGAAUAUGUGAAGAACUUUGACACGGCCAUGGAGCUGGUGAACACCUGGAUGGAGCGCUCGUCACAGUUCAAAGCCAUCGUUCACGACAUUCAGAAAGAGGAGAUGUGCGGAAACCUCACCCUACAGCACCACAUGUUAGAGCCAGUACAGCGGAUCCCUCGCUAUGAGCUCCUGCUGAAGGACUACCUGCACCGGCUGCCCGAGGACGCUGAGGACUUUAAAGAUGCGCAGAAAUCAUUGGAGCUGAUUGCUACAGCAGCCGAGCAUUCCAAUGCAGCCAUUAGGAAAAUGGAGCGCAUGAGGAAGUUGUUGAAGGUGUAUGAGCUGCUCGGGGGAGAGGAGGACAUUGUGAACCCGACGAAUGAACUCAUUAAGGAGGGACACAUCCUCAAACUGUCGGCCAAGAACGGAACCUCGCAGGACAGAUACCUUAUACUGUUCAAUGACAGGUUGCUGUACUGUGUCCCUAAACUCAGACUGAUCGGACAGAAAUUUGGAGUGCGGGCGCGGAUUGAUGUAGACGGCAUGGAGCUGAAAGAGACGAGCAGUAUGAACGUGCCACGGACAUUUCUGGUGUCGGGAAAACAGCGCUCUCUCGAACUACAGGCCAGGACUGAAGAAGAAAAGAAAGACUGGAUUCAGGCAAUCCAGGCCACUAUCCAAAGGCAUGAGCAGAGUGUGGAGACGUUCAGGAUGCUGAACUGUUCGGUGCGUGAAGAUGACUGCACGCCCCCCAACUCUCCGAACUGCACAGAGCUGGGAAAGCGUGCGCCCACUCCGAUCCGGGAAAAAGAAGUCACGCUGUGUAUGAAGUGCCAGGAGCCGUUCAACUCCAUCACCAAGCGACGCCACCACUGCAAAGCAUGCGGACACGUGGUGUGCGGAAAAUGCUCGGAAUUCCGCGCCCGGUUGUUGUACGAUAACAAUCGAGCGAACCGUGUGUGUAUAGACUGCUAUACGACUCUGGUGGGAGUCCCGCCCUCUCCGGCCAGCUUGACCAAUAUCACUCACAGAAGACGCUCCAUUCUAGAGAAACAGGCCUCUGUGGCGGCGGAGAACAGUGUCCUCUGCAGCUUCCUGCACCACAUGGAGAAGGGCAGUGGCCGCGGCUGGCAGAAGGCCUGGUUUGUCGUCCCCGAAAAUGAACCCCUGGUGCUUUACAUUUAUGGUGCUCCACAGGAUGUGAAGGCCCAGCGCAGCAUCCCUCUCAUUGGCUUCGAAGUCUCUCUCCCUGAGUCAUGUGACCGUCUGGAGCGGCGCUACGCCUUCAAAAUGAGCCAGAGUCACCUGACUGUUUACUUUAGCGCUGAUGGGGAGGAGCUCCAACGCCGCUGGAUGGAGGUGCUCUCCAGAGCCGGGAGAGGGGAGGAACUACAAGUGCACGGUCCAAUCUCGGAGGCUCUGGAAGAAGAAGCGGAGGAACCGAGCCCUCUAGGAGAAAGCACAUGAUUGGUUUAUGAAAUCUCUCUCUCUCUCUCUUUUUUUUUCCUUUUUUUUUUGCACACACAAAACUGUACAAAUGUGACGAGAAGGACAGUUAUCUGCCGUAAAUAUAUACACAGUUUGACGUGCACACACAAACACAAACACACAGACACAAACUUAUACACACACACACACACACACACACACACACUUUCACAACUUUUACACAAACCUGUUCUAAUUGUCAAUCGUAAGUUGCAUGAAAUAUCUACAGGUACGUUUCUCUGUGUAUUGCUCAUCCUCCGUGAGCGUGAUCAGCCCUGCACAUGGUGCGUCAAACGCCGUGUCGGUAUAGUCACCCUGCUUAAUAUCGUCUCUCCGCCUCCGCAGCUGAAGAGUUCUCUGUUAGAUAGAUCUGCUCUUUCCCCCCCC